AUGGGCCCCCAGUUGUCUAUUGACAUCAACAAUGAGCUAUCCUCUUUGUCACCUACACCAUUUGAGCCUUACAUCUUCAGAGUGGAUGGCUUACUACGUAGGGAAAAUGAGCUAGCCUAUGAACCAGAAAUACUUGCAAUCGGUCCUUAUCAUCACGAUAUCAAUGAUCUCAUUUCUCAGAUACCCUUCCUCUUCUCCCAUCUUUUUUCCCAAAGUUCAACGUAUUUAGACGCAUCUGAUGUUCCAAGGGAGAAUGUCAAACAUCUACUAGGCCUUGUACAUGAUACUUGGUGUUCCUCAUUUAAAACAAUCGUCUCUUCCCGUCGGGCCGCUGAAGACCAAGAAAGAACAUGGGAAUACAUAAAAUGCAGCAAACAACUUCGAGAGGCUGGGGUUAAAUUCAAAAAGGCCACAGAAACUUCCUCGUUGCUGGAUAUAGAGUUCGAAAAUGGAAUCAUGAAAAUUCCACCUUUGAGUAUUUAUGAUAGUACUGAGAUUGCCUCAUCAACUCCCCAACGGAUGUCGAAAUACUACGUCACCNUAAAUGAACCGGCUUAUGUGACUGAUUACCGGAAGUUUUUAGAUUGCCUCAUCAACUCCCCAAAGGAUGUCGAAAUACUACGUCACCGUGGAAUCAUUGACAAUUGGCUAGGUGAUGAUGAAGCCGUUUCGAGCCUGUUGAACAGAUUGGGCAAUAAUGUCAUCCUAGAUUCUACAUCAUUCUGUUACUCCGAAAUUUUCAACAAAAUUAACGACCAUUGCAAACGCCGUCGAUACAAAUGGAUGGCCAAGUUAAGGCAUAAUCAUCUCAACAGCCCGUGGUCUAUCAUUUCACUUUUUGGUGCUACUCUGUUACUUGUGCUGACUAUCAUACAGACUAUAUCCUCUGUCUCAAAAGUCUGA